UCGUGUCCGGGGAAUACUCUCACCACCGGGACAGAGCGACGAUGGCUGCCCGGGUUUCCUUCACUCAGAUCCGGCUGGAGGCGGAGGUGGAGCGCUGCAGGGCCGAGUGUCAGUGGGACAGGAUCCCGGCGAUCAUCGACCAGAUGCAGGCUGCGCGUUUCCACGAGGACGAUGACUACGGGAUGCUGCUGAUGUCCGAGGUCCUGCUGGAGGAGUGCCUGCAAGAAAACAUGGACCUCUUACGGAGCUGUGUGCCCCUGACAGACAAAACCCAGCCCAAACUGUGCCGAGCCAAAGGACACCUCAACUCAGUGCUGAGCCGAGGCCGUCUCACACCUCGGUACCUGAAUGAGGCUCUUCUGCUGAUGGCCAAAGUUCACUACGUGCAGGGUCGAUAUCGGGACGCUCAGGGGAUGUGUGCCCGAGUCGGACUGGAGGAGCUGACGCAGGAUGUGCAGCCCACCUACCACCUCCGCCUGCUGGCUGAGGCCUUCGUCAUUAAAGGUCUGUCUCUGGACCACCAGGCACUCUCCUCAGUGUCUCGUGUCCGUCUGUCAGAGAGGGAAGAGGAGAGUCUGUCCUGUUUCCUGAGAGCCUGUGAUGCUGCGCUCUCCUACCUGCAGGAGCUUGACAAGACUGUAUCGACCCCCCACACGAAGGCACCUAAAGCCAAUCUCUUUGCUCCUCCCCCUGACAUUGACCUGGGCUACUUCCUGCAGGCUGCGUUACAGAGCGCCUACCUGUGUCUGCUGCAGAGAGGUCACCUUGCUCAGGGUGCACACCAGCUCCGUCGGGUGCUCAGGGUGGUGGAGUCUCGAGGAUCUCAGAACUUCAGAAGGUCUGCAGCGAGAAAGCUGGCUGAGGUGUUGCUGAGCUCCGUCAGUGAAGACAGCUACUGGCCCCCUCUCGGUCCCCCGCCCUCAGCCUGGCUCCACAGAGAAGGCGCCGCUGCCUCCAAAGACGCCAUCUACCCGACUGUUAAACCCCCACAGAGAUACAGCACUGAUGGUUGCUUCUGUCCUCAGGACGUGGUGGAGGAGGCCGUGCUGCUGCUGCUCAUCACAGAGUCCAUGGCGAGUGGCGAGGCAGUGAUCAGUCGUUUGCCGGAUCAGGCCGAAGCUCGCCAGGCCAGCCUGCAGGAUGCCAACUCUGUGUACGACCUGCUGACCAUCGGCAUGGCCAGGAGGGGGCAGUAUGCCAUGCUGUCUGAGUGUCUGGAACGAGCCAUGAAGUUUUCUUUCAACGAGUUCCACCUCUGGCACCAGCUGGGCCUGUCACUCAUGGCGGCUGGGAAGGGUGUCGGUGCAGUGUCUGUAUUUAAAGAAUGCAGCAGGAUGAGACCAGAGGACCCCUCGUUGCCCCUAUUGGCUGCUAAAGUCUGCAUUGGUCAGCUGCAAUGGUUUGAGGAGGCUGAGGCUCUGUCUCAGAGCGUGCUGUCGAUGGGUGAGGAAGCUGGAGAGUUUUUACCGAGAGCUUACUUGGCUUUGGGACUCAGCUGCAGUCUGCAAGCCUCUGAGGCCACUCUGAAAGCUGAUCGAGAUGAAUUCAACAAACGAGCACUUCAAGCUUUAAACAAAGCUCACUCAAUAGACCCUCAGGAUGCUCAGAUCGCCAUGUACCUGUCUCUGCAGCUGGCUCUCGUACGACAGGUGUCAGCGGCUUUGGAGCCCCUGCAAGAGGCUCUGUCUCUACGAGGGGACGACGUUCACUCGCUCCACCUGCUGACGCUGCUGCUGAGCGCUCAGAAACACCACCGCCACGCACUGGACACCCUCAACCUCGCUCUCAGUCAGCACCCCGGAAACUUCAAUCUACUGUUCACCAAGGUGAAGCUGGAGGAGGUUCUGUUUGGCCCAGCUGCAGCCCUGCAGACGUGUGAGGAGAUGCUUCAGAGCUGGCAGAGCCGCUACGACGUCAGCCGCUCCAGUGAGACAGAUGACAGCAGCAGCAUACCGAUGGCUGACAGGGUGGAGGUCAGCCCUGGAGGCAGGAAACCCUCCAUCCAUCUCACCCUACCGGACUUCCAGGAGGCCUCCACAGGUUCUCUGAGUCCUUCAUCAGUUGCAGCGUCUCGUCUGGAGGCAGCGCUCUCAGAGUUGUCUGACAUCAGCUCCACCCGACGCCAAGGGCCCACCUACAUCUGGACCAUGCUCGAACGGAUCUGGCUACAGGCCGGUGAGUUGUUUAUGGCUGACAACCGUCUAAAGGAGGCCCAGUUCUGCAUCGCAGAGGCCAGCGCGCUUUUCCCAAACUCACACUCAGUGCUGCUGCAGCGGGGUCUCCUCGCCGAGCUGAAGGGCCAACUGGAUGACGCUAAAGGGCUGUACGAUGAGGCGCUCGCCAUCCACCCCACGGGAGAAAGCAUCCUUGUGCACAUGGGCCGUCUGCUGGUGAAAACCGACCGUGUACACCUUGGGGAGAAGGUCCUGCGUGAUGCUGUCCAGGUCCACAGCACUUCUCACGAGGCGUGGAGCGGUUUGGGUGAGGCCCUGCAGUCGCGCGGCUCCAGCCAGGCCCCUGACUGUUUCCUGACUGCCCUGGAGCUGGAGGCCUCCUGCCCCAUCCGGCCUUUCACCAUCAUCCCCAGGGAGCUUUAAGGGACCACGGCAGGGUGGGGGUUUGGGCUUAAGAGUUAGUUUGUUGUUUGAUAAUUUAAGUCAUUGAAAAAUGAAAAGAUUUUGGACAUUUGGUUAAUUUAUUUCUUGCUCAGACUGAUAAUAAGAUUAAAUGUAAAUAUGAGGUAAAAGUUUUUGUUGUA